AUGAACUUAAUAUUUUUAUUAUUGUUUUUUUUUUUUAUUGAAGUUAAUUGUAAAAAAUACAAUUUAUUUUCCAUAAGAAAUGAUAUUUAUAUUAGUAAAACAAAAAAAAAAAAGAUAUUAAAAAUAUAUCAAUUAAAAUUUAGAAGAAAAGAAUUUAGCUGUACAAGUAGAAUUCCAAAAAAAUAUAGAAAAAAAAAAAAAAUAAAAUACUUUAUAAAAAAUAAUGUUAUUAAUGAGAAAUAUAGUAACAUAAGAAAAAUUAAAACAGUAAUAUAUACAAAAGAAGAUGAAGAUAAUAAUGAUGUGUAUAAUUUAAUUAAUGAAGAUAAAAAUGAUAAUGAUGAUUAUAAGAAUGACUUAAUAAAUUCCAAUAAAAAAUCUAUUGAUAAAAUAAAGAAAAAUAUAAAAAGAGAGGAUGAAGUAACAUAUAAAUAUGUUGAGGAAAUGGAGUUGAAAAAAGUGAAUAUUAAAGGAGUUGAUAUUGAAUACAGAAUAUAUAAUUUAGAAGAGGGUAUAUAUAUAGUUGACGAAGAAAAUUAUGAAAAAGUAAAAAAGUUAUGGAAUAAUGAUGAAUUAAAAAAAGCAAAAGAAAAUUUCGAAGCAAAUUUUGAUAUAAAAAAUCAAGGCAUUAAAGAUGAUCAAUGGAUAAUGUUUCCAUUAGAUUAUGAUGAAAAUAAAAAUAUAAAAUUAAUAAAAGCUGAUUUUGAUAAUCCUGUAUAUGAUUAUAUAUUAACUUAUUAUGAUAAAGAAAGAGAUUAUUACUGGAAAUAUAAAAGAAGAAAUUAUUAUAAAAUGUUCCGAAACACUGAACAUGAGAUACCACCUUAUAAAUCAGAGUUAGAAAAGGACAAAAGAUUUUAUAGUAAAGAAAUUAUUGUACCUAAAAAAGAAUUAGAUAACAAAAUAUUUAGACAGCCAAUGUUAAGUGAUGUUUUGACUGGUGGUUAUAGUAGAGAGCCUAUUGGUUUUGAGUCGUGGAGAUAUGUAAAAUAUCCUUACGGUAAUUUAAUUGAACAUCAAAAAUAUAGUCAGCUAUAUUGUGUUAAAAAAAAUGGAGACGAUAAACCAAAUAUGAGAUAUUAUUAUUUAGGUAAUAGUAAUUUAGCAGUUUCUGAAAUUUGCUUAGGUACAAUGAAUUUUGGUAAUUAUAUAGAUGAAAAAUUAGCACAUGAAUUAUUUGAUUAUGCAUAUGAAGAAUUUCAAGUAAAUUUUUUCGAUACAGCAGAAAUAUAUCCCUUGCCUGUUAAUGAAAAUUUAUAUGGUUCUUCAGAAGAAAUAUUAGGAAAUUGGUUAAAAUCAAAAGGAAAAGCAAACAGACACAAAUUUAUUUUAAGUACUAAAAUAUGUGGUAGAACUGAUAAAAUUCCAUGGCUUAAAAAAUAUAAGAAAAAAAAAUGGGAAGAACAAAAAGCAGAAGAAAAAAAAAAAAAAAGAGAGGAAACCUCAUUAUCAUCAAGUAAAGAGGAUUAUUAUAAGAACAAUAGCUCAUAUGAUAAAUUAGAGAAGUUAAAAAAAAAAGAAGAAUUAUAUUUAAAAAAAGAUUACGAAAUGAUUAAUAAAAUAGAAGAGAUAGAAAAAUAUAACAAUGAAGAUAAUCUUAUAACUUUAACCAAAGAAAAUAUAAUAUCUAGUGUAGAUGAUAGUUUAAAAAGAUUAAAAACUAACUAUAUUGAUUUAUUACAAUUGCAUUGGCCUGAUAGAUAUUACCCAAAUCAAUCCUCUGCUAAUUUUAGUGAUGUGUUAUUUGACUAUAAUAAAUAUUAUGAUGAUUUUGUUCCCUUUAUAGAACAGUUGCAAGCAUUAGAUGAAUUAAAAAAAAAAGGAAAAAUAAGAGAAUGGGGAUUAAGCAAUGAAACUCCUUUUGGCUUAUUAAAAUUUUAUGAAUUAUGUAAAAAUUUGCAUAUUUCCCCACCUGUAUCUGUUCAAUUAGAAUAUAAUUUAUUAUGCCGAAAUGAUGUAGAAAAAGGCUUUUUAGAAAUUGUUAGACCUCAAAAUACUAACAUAUCUAUUUUAGCAUAUUCUCCAUUAUGUGCUGGUAUAUUAACAGGGAAAUAUUUGGAGUAUACUGAUUAUACAACAAAAGGACGAAUGCAAAAGUUUCCAUCUUAUAUGAAAAGGUUGAGAGGAUCUCUAGCCACAUAUAUUAUUCGAGAGUUAUAUUACCUGAGUCAGAAAUAUUAUUUUCCUAAUUUAACGGUAGCGGCAUUAAAAUGGGUUUACACAAGAUCAUUUAUUACUUCAACCAUUAUUGGUGUUUCUGAUUUUUUACAAUUAAGAGAAAAUUUAUAUUCCUUAACAGACAAAGUAUUAUUCACUGAUAAACUCGAAAGAGAAAUAAAUGCCUUACACUGGAAAUUCAGAGAUCCAAUAAGAAUAAUACAAUAA